GGGAGGGCCGCUCACAGCCCCGCCGCAGGGGUACGCCGGGCCGCGGGCCGCAGGCCGUAUCAGAUUCUCAAGACAGAAGCUAGCAAGUGCUUCCAGAAAAUGGCAGGGAGAAAAGUCCUGAUAGUCUAUGCACAUCAAGAGCCCAAGUCCUUGAACGGAUCUUUGAAGAGGGUUGCUGUGGAAGAACUGAGCAAGCAGGGCUGCAGUGUUACAGUGUCUGAUUUAUAUGCAAUGCAGUUUGAGCCAAGAGCGACAAGAAAUGACAUUGUUGGUUGCUUGCACAACUCAGAAGAAUUCAAUUAUGGCGUGGAGGCAUGGGAAGCUUACAAGAGAGGAAGUUUGUCCAACGAUCUGAUUGAAGAGCAAAAGAAGGUGCAGGAAGCAGACUUAAUGAUUUUUCAGUUUCCCUUGUAUUGGUUCAGCAUGCCAGCAAUCAUGAAGGGCUGGAUGGACAGAGUCUUGGUCCAAGGAUUUGCUCACGAAUUUCCAAACUGUUAUGAUUCCGGUUUGCUUAAGAACAAAUUAGCCCUGUUUUCUUUCACCACUGGAGGAAGCAAAGAGAUGUAUGCAAAAGGAGGUAUCAGUGGUGAUAUUCGCUAUCUCCUGUGGCCCAUGCAGCAUGGAAUCAUGCACUUUUGUGGUGUCAAAGUCCUUGCACCUCACGUCUGCUUCGCUCCAGAGUAUGUCUCUGAGGAGAAGAGGAAGGAGAUGCUGAUUGCCUGGGCCCAGCGUCUGAAGACUCUUUGGAAGGAAGAACCCAUAAACUGCUCUCCUGAGUGGUAUUUCAAGGAAUAUGCUGCCCAUAUUCAACCUUGUUAUGGCCAAUCCUGUUCUUUGAAAUGAGAGCUCUACACUUGUGCCUUUGAGCUAUGAAGCCAGAUCAUGAAUAACGCAAAAGGAUGUACAGUUGCACAGUGACUUAGAGCUGGAAAGCCUUGUGGUCAGCCUUAGGCUUUCCCACAUAUUUACAAAGCAAUAUUAAAGCUAUGACAGACACCAGAAAAGGAAAAAAAUGAAUACAAAUAUCGUAUAGCUGUAUGUGCAUGUAUUGCCUUUCUUUAUAGAAUGUAGCUCCCAUUUGUAAAGUAGGUAGUUUCCUAAAAUCAAAGGGAGUUCUCUAUUUUUGUUACCCUAAGUAGAGACAAAAAGGAAUCCUAUCUGUUCCCUGCCCCUUCACACCAGUCAGUAUCGCUGUUUGGGUCUGGAGGGCUGGGUGCAUCCCCUCCGGCAUCAGUGUAGGUGGGCGUCCUUGGAGAUCUCCAGCAUGGGCAGGCAGCAAAGCAGAACGCAUACCUGAAAACCUGCAGGAGCACUGUCUGUCUAUGAGCCAGGAUCUAGUGGGACAAAAUGACUGUCUGGCUCUUAACAUCCGUGAUUUUUACCUUGAACUUUAGCGGGGUUAUUUUUGUGCUUGAGAGCUGUUAACCCUUUUUGUGCAUAUGGCAAAGGGUGGGUUUCUCGCUUAGCUACACAAUUUCUUGCUUUGAUCAGCUUACCUAACAGCUGGCUUUACACUUUGAUAUUAAAAGAACGUGGCCUGAAUAACAAAUGGUCUUCUAAGUCACUGUCAAACGACACUUAGGCCUCUGCAUACAGAGUAUGCAUCUGCCAUACGUUCUUUGUAGCAGCCUUGUCAUGCCCCACUCUUAUGUUUCUUUAAGGGCUAUUUGGAUAAUAAACAUGCUGAGCCCAGAUUCUGGAGUGGCAGCGUAAGCUGAUACACCAGACUGGGAACUGCUACUGCAGGGAGAGUCACAUGUUCCUAUUUGUCACCGUAUGAAGUGAAGGGCCACCUGUAGCAGAGACAGACCCCUGGAAGCAGCGCUGCCCUAAGCUGUUGCAGAUGUCUGCUUCAGUGCAUAUGAGUCAAAGCCUUUAGGUUACACAAGCAAGAAAUUUGCUUUGGCUCAACAACUCAUAUAGGAAAAAGAAAGUGAAAGGGAAUAAAAUGGAAAAUGUUAUACACAUAAGUUGUGGGGAAAGCAGAUUCUUGCCUAAAAGACUUAAGGAAAACAAUUUUAAGUUACCUGAAGAGAGAUUGAAGGACAAAUGCAAAUAGUAAAAUUGUAUAGGAGAGGAAUCAUCCUUAUGUUCACUGUAUUCAGUUACCAGACAAUUCAAUAAAGAAGGAAAUGG